UGUCUAUCAAUUAUCAUUAAGAAUCGAGAGGAGGACAAUUUCUGAAUCUGUCCCUCCUUGUUCACCAAACUCUGUUCAGUUUUUCUGUUUUUGUUUUACUAAACGCAAAUUGGAUUAAAUUACGCAUUGCACCUUUAAGAAGCUGUCAGCGGGAUUAGAGUUACGCACAGUGAGCCAAGUGUCCCUCCGGAGGGGUUUUACGCACCGUCGGCAUCCACAAGAGGCUCAGCUUAAGCCGCACUUCUCCUUCUUCGCUGGUCCUGACACCAAAGGGGAGCCCUCCACGCCACGCGCGACAUGGCCGAGAUAGGGAAAGGGGUCACCGCCGGGAAACUGGCCAUCAACGUCCAGAAGAGGCUCACCAGAGCGCAGGAGAAGGUCUUGCAGAAGCUUGGCAAAGCAGAUGAGACCCGAGAUGUUGUCUUUGAGGAGAUGGUGGCCAACUUCAACAAGCAGAUGGCAGAAGGCACCAAACUGCAGAAGGACCUGAAAGCGUACCUGGCAGCAGUGAAAACCAUGCAUGACGCGUCGCGGCGGUUGCAGGACUGUCUGGCGGACAUGUACGAACCGGACUGGUUUGGCAAAGAGGAGAUGGACGCGUUGGCUGAGGAUACAGACACACUGUGGUUGGAUUACCACCAGAGCAUCACGGACAAAUCUCUGCAGAACAUGGAUAUUUACCUGUCUCAGUUUCCUGACAUCAAGGCUCGUAUAGCGAAGCGCGACAGGAAGUUGGUGGACUUUGACAGCGCCCGCCAUCACUUCACCUCCUUGCAGAAAGGCAAAAAGAAGGAUGAGGCCAAGAUCGCCAAGCCAGCAGCCCUGUUGGAGAUGGCGGCUCCCAGCUGGGCUCAGGGUUUGAUAUCAGCUCACCAGGUGGCUCAGACUAACCUCUCCUACAACCAGGCGGAGGAGGAUUUGGGCCGAGCUCAGAAAAUUUUUGAGGAACUGAAUGUGGAGUUACAGGACGAGCUUCCUGCACUCUGGGACAGGCGUGUUGGCGUCUAUGUUAACACAUUCCAGAGCCUGGCAGGUCAUCAGGAGAAGUUCCACAAAGAAAUGAGCAAACUCAGUCAAAACCUGAAUGACAUCAUGACCAAACUGGAGGAGCAGAGGCAAAUCAAAAAAGGUGCAACUGCAGCGUCAAAGACAGGAGACUGUGCAAAGAGUGAGGGAGCCAACCAUAGUGAGUCGGCCAGCUCAGCACCAAAGAGGUCUGCUCCGCCUCCUGGCCCUCCUCCCAGUCGGCCUCCGCCCAGACUGACGCCAUCUCCGAACCAGCAACAGCAAAAUGUCAGCCCGUUUGAGGAUGAGCCCUCAGUGCAUGACACUAACACAGACUCCACGACCACAACGCUGCAGAGUGCGGUGACCAAUGGCUCAGAUGGCGAACUCCCUCCAGGGUUCCUCUACAAGGUGAAAGCGGUACACGACUAUGCUGCUACUGAUGGUGAUGAGCUGGAACUGAAGAUGGGAGACGUUGUGUUGGUUUUGGCCUUUGACAACCCAGAUGAACAGGAUGAUGGCUGGCUCAUGGGCUUGAAGGAGUCUCAAUGGUUUCAGAAGAAAGAUAUUUCAGCCAAAGGCGUUUUCCCUGAGAACUUCACACAGAGGGUUUGAGGUUUACGCCACAUGCAAAAUCUUCUAUUCAUACAAUUUCCUCGGAUAUCUUAUCUGAGACAGAAGUCAUAUCGUCUUUACGUAUCUACCUACACACUAAAAUGUAUUAGCAAAACAUGAUUGGGUGCAAAAGUGUGUAUUUAAAAAAAUUAAUAUAUGUUAAAAGAUAAAGAAUUAGGCUUUAUCCUUUAUUGUGACAGUUAAACGAUGUGCUAGCAUCUCAAUCGAAAUGUUGUCCUGAAAUUUCUUUUUGUUUUGAUUUUUAAUUUAUUGAUUUCUUCUACACUCGGUGAAUCCAAACAAAACACAAAGUGGUGUGUUACUCAUAUUUAAGUAAGUUAACAUAAGUAAUGGAUGUACUGUACGGAUGUCAAAAUGUUUUCUUGUUUUUGGAAAAGUAUGUUUUUAAAACAUACUCCCUUGCAUGAAGUGGUUUUUUUUUUUUUUUUUUUUUAUUUUCAUUUUGUUUGUAAUACAGCAAACACUGUGACACCAGGCGGGGGCCCCCUCUGUGAAAACAAGGCUGUGAUUAUUCUAAAGUUACAGGAGUCCUCAAAUAGAGCCCUGGAGAACACCACAAAGUUUAUUUGCAGGGUUUCUGUCUUGCCUUGUCAAAAUCUGUUUCAGUUUCUUGAGCUUGUAGGAUUUUCAAAGGGAACAGUAGCUUUUAAUUUAUAUUACUGGCCAUUUUGAGGACAUGAGAUGACGUGAAGCUUACAUUUUCUAAUUCCCACAUGGUUUUGUUUUGAUUUUCUUUCUCUCUUCAAUGAUGAAUGAAACGGUGAACCUUGCUAUCAAACUCGGCUGUUUUUGUUUUUUUUCCCCUUAAUGACACAUAUUUUUUUCAUAUAAAUUUGAUUCUGAAUGUCUGUGCUAUCUGGACUUCACUUUUUUGCUGCUUAAGCACGUUUUCUUUCAUCUUUUUUUUUUGAAUUAUAAAUAAGGAUUUAAUGUCACACUUUGUGUCCAUGGAGUUCACAGAAAACUGAAAGUGAGAGAUUUAAAGUUUGAAAACUCUGAGCCUUUCAGAAAUCUGUGCAAAAGAUAUUUUUACACUGUGGAAUAAAUAAGGAUCAUUUAAUAAUGCAGCAUUUGAAGGACGGAAUCAGCAUCAUUAAAGGCCAAUUAAACACUG